UUUGGCUAUGCGAGACUGUACAGAUACCGUACAACUAAUUAAUUAAUCGAUAUGUCGAAACAGUCUAACGUACGUUAGAAUGCGUAAAGAUGGCGUCGAAAGGAGUAAGAAAGCACCGGUGGUCACUAGAUUUUACUAGUAAGAGACCGGAUGAGCGUAUCAGUGGGAGCCCUCCACCGGACCCAGUAGGUUACGCGGAGAGAGACAGGGGAAGACUCCCGCGGGAAGAGGAAAAGGGUGAAGAACACGACACUUUGGUCGAAAAGAAAUCAUGGGAUGUUGCUAUUGGUCCUCUCAAACAACUGCCAAUGAACUUGUUUAUUAUGUACAUGGUGGGAAACAGCCUAUCAAUCAUUCCUAUUAUGUUUAUCGGAAUGAUGGCUUUCAAUCCUAUCAAAACUUUGUUGAACUUUGGUCAAGUUUCAAAGCAGUUUGAAGGCAACCAAGCUUUCAUUCAGAAACUGGUGUUUGUUGUGGCAAACAUUGCCUUGAUUUGUCUUGCUGCAUACAAGUGUCAUUCUAUGGGUCUGCUACCUCUGUACAAGUCGGACUGGGUUGAUUUUUUAGAUAUUCGCAAGAGGAUGGAGUAUACAGCAGGAGGCAUUCUUUUUGGAAGUUAGCAAUAGUAUCUUCAUAUGGUAAUGCUAAUCUGAUAGAGGUUGGGUGACAAUACCAGUUGCAAUACAUUA